UCCUAGAAAUCCAGGAAAUUGUUUCAUGCAAAUGCAUGCUGUCAUUUUGCCUGUUUGUUCGCAAAAGUAUGAUCAAGAAAGGCGUCAACAUAUUCCACGAUUGAGUCAUGGUGUCUUCCCUGGACAAGUUUAACAUCCUCGUGGCCGUGCUUGCAGUGGUUGCGGUCAUUUUCAUCACAUACCCGCCGCCAGAGUUAUCAAAAAACUUAAAAGCGUGGCGAGAAAGUGGGAAAUAUUUCAAAUUUCGUGGACAUAGGAUAUUUUAUGUUGAUUUCCGAGGCUCAAGAAAAGAUGUUGCACCCCUCAUGUUACUUCAUGGAUUUCCAACAUCAAGCUAUGAUUGGUAUAAGAUGUUGCCUGAUCUUAAACAGAGGUUCAGUCGAGUGAUUGCCAUCGAUUUCCUCGGGUUCGGCUUUAGUGAUAAACCUCGUGGUUAUGACUACAGGAUCUGGGAACAAACAGAAAUAGUACAGACAUUACUGGUAAAACUUGGCAUCAAAGAGUUUCAUGUACUUGCGCAUGAUUACGGUGAUACUGUUACUCAGGAAUUUCUGCACAGAUAUGAACAAGACCAUUUUGCUGGACCACCAAAAAUGACUGUACUAAGCGUGUGUCUUCUUAAUGGGGGAAUAUACCCAGUAAUCCAUCAGCCACGAGUCAUGCAAAAGCUACUGUUAGUACCUUAUGUUGGACCUCUCCUUGGAAGACUCACAUUUUAUUUUGCAUUCAAAUUUGGUUUUUCAGAAAUCUUCGGCCCAAAUACUCGACCUUCAGAAGAAGAAUACUCUGAUUUCUGGGCGACCAUCAGAUUCAACGAUGGGAACCUUGUCAUGCACAGGUUACUGUCUUAUAUUCAAGAGAGAUUUGUCAACGAAGAUAACUGGGUAGGAGUUUUACAAACAACGUCGGUGCCAGUUCACAUCAUUUAUGGUCCAGCUGACCCAGUGAAUCCACCUGCAUUCAUUCCAUAUGCAAAAAAAGUUACGCCCAGAGUAACAAUGUCUGUAUUAGAUAAAACCAUCGGCCAUUAUGUUCAACUUGAGGAUCCAAAAACAGUUGUUCAAGAAUAUGACACUUUUAUGGCACGAACCACCGCCGAAUCUGCCGGCAAGACAAAGAAAGUCUAAACACGUCUUGUAGAGUAGAACACUUCAUAUAUACUCUAAAAUCUUGAAUACAAGGUCUGAGGCUCCGCCCCCAUUCAUUACAAUGGAGGAGGGAUUGUCAAGUUUUCCCAUUGUUCUGUCAGCCAAUGGGCCUACUAUAACCAAUGAUGUUGAUUUCGUUUCACUGUCAACAUCAGCCAAGAUCAGCGCAUGAUUAUAACACAUGCGACUCCAUUGGCCCAUGCCAUAUUGGCCCAUCCCCAUUCAAAACCAUUGUAAUGAAUUGGGGUGGUGCCUCAGACCUUGUAUCGAGGUUUUAGAGUAUAUAACUUAAUAUUUAUAAAAGUUACCAAUCUGCCAUUGUACUGAAUUUGUCCCCCUAUAUCUUCACUCACUUAAUAAUAAUAUUCUAAGUCAAUGUUUGCAUUUUUAUACAAAAUGGAAAUAUGCGGGUUGGUCACCUUGAGAAUAUUAUAACAAUCUUCGUUUAUGGUUUGUUGAACAUGUCGAAACAAGAACAAAUUUGUUUGGAUAGUUUUGACAGAUAUCCUAUGUAUUUUGAAUACCGGUAGCUGUUUUAGCUAGAUUGUACUGUUCUUAAGAUGAUUUGCCCCAAAUGUAAUCGAUUUUUGAUACAAAAAUGAGAGAAUCAGGUCUCAUCCAUGACACUCCCUAAUUCACAAUGUAUGACGUCUUAAUUCAAAAGGAUUGAAAAUGAAUAGGCCUUAUUUCUUUAUUGUGUUCGAUAUAGAUCCAGUUCUUCUCCUUCAGCUUUUGCUCUGCUCUUGACUGUUAUUCUCGAGGGAGUUUUCCUCCCCAAGGCGGAAUGAGUGUUUUUUAUGUGCCACUACAGUUAGGUGCCAGUUGGGUUUAUUGGCCUCCAAGGUGAAAUGAGCGUUUCUUAUGUGCCACUACAGUUAGGUGCCAGUUGGGUUUAUUGGCCUCCAAGGUGAAAUGAGCGUUUCUUAUGUGCCACUACAGUUAGGUGCCAGUUGGGUUUAUUGGCCUAUAGUGACGUCGUCUUUGGCCAGAGGUAGAGUCCAUUGCAUGCUUCUCAUAUUUCUCACCUGGUGUGGUCUCUUGCUUGUCCUGGUAUAGACAUCAGAUAAAGGCUCACUUGGAGGACUGUGAAGAGCCAGAAAUUUUAGUCCCCUCCCUGGUUCAUCCAGAAAUACAAUCCUGCUUCUCCCCGGGAUCGAACCCGGGCCCUAUUGCCUGCUAGCCAGCAGUGUUGAUGUUCUAAUUGAACCAGUUCAGUUAUUUUUAUCGCAGUUCUGUUAAAGUGAUCCAGUCGUGACAGGAGUCUUUAUUCAGAACGUGGUAAAAAUACCUGAAUUGGUGAUUACUUCUUAUUCAGCUCAUUGGCUACAUAAUCCACUACCUGAGGGGAACUCGAAACUGCUAACAUUUAUCAACGGGAGCUUAUUUUUGCCUUAGGUUUUAACUGGGCCGUUCAAAACUCCAUUUUUAUAAGCGUUUUGCAAUAGGUUUCCUUUAAGAGGAAGUUGUGGCUCAGAGAUGAUAGAACUUGAUCGAUAUUGAUUUGGGACCUUAUACACUGACACUGAAGAUGACCAUAUUUUUGAUUCGAUUGUUUAUGUUGUAUGUUGUACUUAGUUUUAAGGAUUGUUUUUACUUAAUGAUACUUCAGAAAAUCAGUGUGUGUUUGUGAAGACGAGUUUGAGGAGAUUAUCAAUGAUAGUAAUUGUCUCACUCAGUUAUUUAUAAAUCUAUGAUUAUUUAAUUAGUCUUUUAGAUUCGGUCUUCCAUCCUCAGAAUUUGUGUCAUAGUUGUAAUUAUUUU